CCUAAAAGGCGCUGCUCGGCCGGCGAGGGAGGGCCCAGCCCCACCCCGGCUUUUAGGCAGCGCGAGCGACUCGGGGCGCCCAGCCAGUAUCUGCCGCGCCCGGCCCCGCUCGCCUCUCUCGCCUCCUUCUCCAGUUCCUCCGUCCGUCCGUCCCGUCGGUCCAGCCGCCGUCGGUCCAGCCGCAGCCAUGGAAGCCAUCAAGAAGAAGAUGCAGAUGCUCAAGCUCGACAAGGAGAACGCCAUCGACAGAGCCGAGCAGGCCGAGGGCGACAAGAAGCAGGCCGAGGACCGCUGCCAACAGGCGAAGAGAGGCGGCUGCCCCGGCGGGGCGGGCGGCCGGGCGAGCUUCCUUCCCAGGACGCCUGGCUGCCCGGCCUCCCUCCCUCCCUCCCGGGCCGGUGGGCGGGCGGACUCGGCCCAGCCCGCCAGCACCCCACCUCGGCCGACGGACGGCGGUCCACCCGCCUGGCUUCUCUCCCGGCCUCCCCGACGGGACCCUGCCGCCCGCGGCGCUCCCCGCCGGCCCCGGAAGAUGGCCGGGAGCAGCUCCAUCGAGGCGGUCAAGAAAAAGAUCCAGACGCUGCAACAAGUGGCCGACGAAGCCGAGGAGCGCGCCCAGCACCUGCAGCGCGAAGUGGACGCCGAGCGCCAAGCCCGCGAGCGGGCGGAGUCCGAUGUGGCCUCUCUGAACCGUCGCAUCCAGCUAGUAGAAGAGGAGCUGGACCGAGCCCAGGAGCGCCUGGCAACCGCUCUGCAGAAACUGGAGGAGACAGAGAAGAUGGCCGAUGAAAGCGAGAGAGGCAUGAAAGUCAUUGAGAACCGAGCCAUGAAGGACGAGGAGAAGAUGGAGCUCCAGGAAAUGCAGCUCAAAGAGGCCAAGCACAUCGCUGAGGAGGCCGACCGCAAAUACGAGGAGGUGGCUCGGAAGUUGGUGAUCCUGGAGGGGGACCUGGAGCGCUCAGAGGAGAGGGCAGAAGUGGCUGAGAGCAAAUGUGGCGACCUGGAGGAAGAGCUGAAAAUUGUCACCAACAACCUAAAGUCCUUGGAAGCCCAGGCAGAUAAGUAUUCCACCAAGGAGGAUAAAUACGAAGAGGAGAUCAAGGUGUUGACAGACAAGCUCAAAGAGGUGAGGGCGCAGAGAGGGGCGCUGCAGGGGCGGGUGCUGCAGUGGGGUGGGCCUGAGUUCUGGGGUGUUGGUUCCAGUGCUCUGGCCAGGUUAGGGUUUCAGAGAGCGCCGUGGGCAGGAGGCGGCAAGACCCCCGUCCUCUCCUCACUGACCCGCGAGUCAUCCUCAGUGGUGGCCUUUCCCGGGGAGCCCCUUUCUUGGCGCAGUAACCUGCUCAUUUGCAGAGGCAAUGCUGCUGAACUGAACUCUUCCUUGGUGUGUGUGUGUGCGCGUGUGUGUGUGCGCGUGUGCGUGUGUCUUCCUCCACCCCACGGGUGCUGUGGAUGUGACUGGGUGCCCGCCCGCCCGCCUGCCUUCCUUUUGUUUGUAGAGAACCUGGCCAGUGCCAAAGAGGAAAAUGUCAACAUCCACCAAGUCCUGGAUCAGACUCUGCUGGAACUGAACAACCUCUGAGGGGCUGGGCCAGCCGCCUCCCCUCUCCCCCCCUUGCCUCCCUGGCCCCCACGCUCUCGCCCCCUCGGCUCCACCCGGAGAAGGGAAGCCCACUCGCCCCGGGCCUGUGCUGGCCCCUGUGGGGCUCUGCCUCUGCACCGCCUGCUCUUCUAGGCGCUCCAGGCAAUAAAGCAAGUUG